ACCAACCAGAAAUCGCAAUUCUAUUUUCUCUAGCUAUUUUACAGUGGAAUGAGAACAUAUCAUCUGAAGCGGUUUUGAAAUUGUUAUCUUGGAUAGCUUGGAGAGCUUUCUUUCUAUCCCCACUACCGAGUGUAAAAAUUCCUAAAGCAUUAUUGAGAAUUGCAGACAAACCCUCGUCAUUUUCUGCAACUAUAUCAUUGCAAGUUGGGAUUCCUAAAUAA